AUGGCGGAGUUCGUGCGAGCCCAAAUAUUUGGGACAACCUUUGAGAUCACCAGCAGGUACACAGACUUGCAACCCGUCGGCAUGGGAGCCUUCGGUCUUGUCUGUUCUGCCAAAGAUCAAUUGACGGGCCAGUCGGUGGCGGUUAAAAAGAUUAUGAAACCCUUCUCGACACCUGUGCUCGCGAAGCGUACCUAUCGAGAACUCAAACUGCUGAAACAUCUUCGACAUGAAAAUGUCAUAUCUCUCAGCGACAUCUUCAUUUCCCCGCUUGAAGACAUCUACUUCGUGACCGAACUCUUGGGCACUGAUCUCCAUCGCCUCUUGACAUCGAGACCGCUCGAGAAGCAGUUCAUCCAGUACUUUCUCUAUCAAAUUCUACGCGGCCUGAAAUACGUUCAUUCGGCUGGUGUCGUCCACCGAGACCUGAAACCGAGCAAUAUCCUGGUCAAUGAAAAUUGCGACCUCAAAAUCUGCGAUUUUGGUUUGGCUCGAAUUCAGGACCCUCAAAUGACGGGCUACGUCUCGACCCGGUACUACCGAGCUCCCGAAAUCAUGCUUACCUGGCAGAAGUACGACGUGGAGGUGGACAUCUGGAGCGCUGGCUGUAUCUUUGCUGAAAUGUUGGAAGGGAAACCUUUAUUCCCAGGCAAGGAUCAUGUCAACCAAUUCUCUAUUAUUACCGAGCUGCUCGGGACGCCUCCCCAGGAUGUGAUCGAGACAAUCUGCAGCGAAAAUACCCUCAGAUUUGUCCAGUCUCUCCCCAAAAGAGAACGGCAGCCCUUGAGUGCGAAAUUCAAGAAUGCCGAUCCUUCCGCCGUCGAUCUUCUCGAGAAAAUGUUGGUGUUCGACCCCAAGAAACGAGUGUCUGCAGCUGGUGGCUUGGAGCACGAGUACCUUUCUCCAUAUCACGACCCAACCGACGAGCCAGUCGCAGACGAGAAGUUCGACUGGUCAUUCAAUGAUGCUGACCUUCCUGUUGAUACCUGGAAGAUCAUGAUGUACUCGGAAAUCCUCGACUAUCAUAAUAUCGAUAACCAGGAGACCGAAAUGGGAGAUAAGCCCUUGACGGUGGAGCAAGCUCAGGCUGUGAACAGUCAAGUAGUCCAAUAG